GAUUGGUUUAUGAGUUUAGUUAGAUUAGAUUUUUAAGACUUAGAACUUGAUAAGACUCAAAAAUAUAAUUUUUAUGCAGUAUUUUCGAACUCGGUAAUAUUGAAGGAGGAGCUUCAUUACUAAGUACUAACAAAAGAGUAUUGAAUUGCGAGCAAAAUAAAUACUCAACAACCCGACCCGAUAAACAGAAGAAUUGGGAAACACAACUCACAAAACACGCAAGACGAUUACACACACGCUGACGCAUGUUUUUGCUUAGCAGCAAUCACAAAUCGCGAGGACAAUGAGCAAGCUCAACGCAUCCAGCUCCGAGUUGGAUUUGGAUCGACCCAACAUCGAAGACUAUCUUCCUUCUGGAUCCAUUCAAGAGCCCCACGGCAAGCUCCGCCUGCGUGAUUUGCUCGAUAUAUCUCCGACUCUAACAGAGGCGGCUGGUGCCAUUGUUGAUGACUCUUUCACAAGAUGCUUCAAGUCUAAUCCUCCAGAGCCAUGGAACUGGAACAUAUACUUAUUUCCUUUGUGGUGCUUGGGAGUUGUUGUCAGAUAUGGAUUUCUUUUCCCAUUGAGGGUGGCUGUGUUGACACUAGGGUGGAUUGUAUUUCUCUCGUGCUAUUUUCCUGUGCAUUUCCUGUUGAAAGGGCAUGAUAAAUUGAGGAAAAAGUUAGAGAGAGGUCUAGUGGAGUUGAUUUGCAGCUUUUUUGUUGCAUCGUGGACUGGGGUUGUCAAGUACCAUGGUCCACGUCCAAGCAUCCGGCCUAAGCAGGUUUUUGUGGCUAAUCACACAUCCAUGAUUGAUUUCAUUGUUUUGGAACAAAUGACCGCGUUUGCAGUGAUCAUGCAGAAGCAUCCUGGGUGGGUUGGACUAUUGCAGAGCACUAUUUUGGAAAGUCUAGGGUGCAUAUGGUUCAAUCGAUCAGAGUCUAAGGAUCGUGAAAUUGUUGCAAGAAAGCUAAGGGAACAUGUCCAUGGGGCUGAUAAUAAUCCUCUUCUUAUAUUUCCUGAAGGAACUUGUGUGAAUAACCACUACACUGUGAUGUUUAAGAAGGGUGCAUUUGAACUUGGCUGCACGGUGUGUCCAAUCGCAAUCAAGUAUAACAAGAUCUUUGUCGAUGCCUUUUGGAACAGCCGAAAGCAGUCCUUUACAACACACUUAUUGCAGCUUAUGACAUCAUGGGCUGUUGUUUGUGAUGUGUGGUACCUGGAGCCUCAGAACCUUAAACCUGGUGAAACACCAAUUGAAUUUGCUGAGAGGGUGAGGGACAUUAUUUCUGUACGAGCAGGUCUUAAGAAGGUACCAUGGGAUGGAUAUUUGAAGUACUCUCGUCCAAGUCCAAAGCAUCGUGAGCGCAAGCAACAAUGCUUUGCAGAAUCAGUCCUCCGCCGCCUUGAAGAGAGAUAGAUUUGGCUAUACUAUGGGUUUUAGAUAAGAGAGAUCAUUUAGCUGUUUUUGAGCUAGCAUUUCAAUUUGUGAAUUUGGAUUUUGAAAUUCUGUACAAUUGCUCAGGAUGGUGACCUCUUAGUGCCUCGUUGAAGAAAUUGCUCUAUGAAGGCUCAAGAUUGAUGGAUAUGCUCUCACUUUACAAGGGCCUCCCAUGGCUUUCCUAUUUUCCUUUUUUAAUAUUUUGGUACUCCGUUUUUGUAUCUUGAAUUUGACGCUUGAUGGUUAAACCUUUUAUUAGUCGAACACGAUUCAUUGAAUCUUUGUAAUAAUAAGUUCUAAUGGAUAAAAAGCGUAUGCUCAAGAAACAAAGUUACAUUUCUUCACAAUUCAGCAUUGAUACGAACAUACUUGAUAGUUGAUACCAUUUGUAUUUAACUU